AUGGUUAAUCCCAGUCAACCGACCAAUAAACCAACAACAUCUGUUAAACUGGUACUUCUUGGUGAAGCUGCUGUUGGCAAAUCAUCUCUUGUUUUGCGAUUUGUUUCCAAUGAUUUUCAGGAGAAUAAAGAACCCACAAUAGGAGCUGCAUUUUUAACUCAAAAAUGUUCUCUUCCAAAUCGUACAAUUAAAUUUGAAAUAUGGGACACAGCUGGCCAAGAAAGAUUUGCAUCUCUUGCACCAAUGUAUUACCGCAAUGCUCAAAGCGCUCUUGUAGUUUACGAUGUAACAAAGCCUACUUCUUUUAUAAAAGCUCGUCAUUGGGUUAAUGAGCUUAAAGCACAAGCCAACAAAAACAUUAUCAUUGCUCUUGUUGGAAAUAAGGUUGAUCUUGUUAAAGGGGGAAACAAAGUUGAUAAGAAAAAAUUAAAGGGAUUAAAUGAAAAUGAGAACGCAGACGAAAGCAUGAAUGUAACAGCCGGUGAUGAUCAAGAUGAUGGUAGUGAAAAUGAAGCCGAAGAUGAUGAAGAUUCUGGCUUACUCACUAGAAAGGUUGCACGCGAAGAAGGUGAAGCUCUUGCUAAAGCUGAAGGCCUUUUAUUUUUUGAAACUUCUGCAAAGUCUGGAAAAAAUGUGUCAGAUGUGUUUUUGUCUAUAGCGAAUAAAAUACCUGAAGAAACCGGUCCUAAUGGUCGCAAUAGCGCUCGAGGUACUGGUCCUGGGGCUGAUGGUAUUGCUGAUGUUGAAAGUGGACGUGAUGGACGUGUUGAUUUGAUGGCAGGUAAUGGGCGUUCUGGUGCACAAAGCUGUAACUGCUAA